CUCUGCUGGCCAGCUGGGUUCCGGUGCGGCCAGGCUGCCCCCAGCGCCGGAGGGGUGGGAGCGGCCGGGCGAGGCGCAGCCCAAGGGGCGGCCCAGGGAUUGCAUAACCCGAGCCCGCCCUGGAGGGGCGUGUGAGCGGGCGGAGGCCAGGCUCUCCGCCGCACUGAGCCCAGCGCCCAGCAUGGCACAUGGCAAGGCGGCGCCGGGUCCCGGCUGGGCCAGGCCGGGGCAGCGGCCCCCGCUCCUGGCGCUGCUGCUGCUCACCGGGCUAGGCCAGGUGCGCCCGCACCCGCAGUGUCUGGACUUCAAGCCGCCCUUCAGGCCGCCGCAGCCGCUCGACUUCUGCGUGCAGUACUCGGACUUCGGCUGCUGCGACGCGGAGCAGGACCGGGCGCUGAUGGAGCGGUACUACAGCAUCAGCGGCCGCCUGGACCAGCCUGUCUACGCCGCCUGCGCCAGCCACCUGCAGGACCUGCUCUGCCAGGAAUGCUCCCCCUAUGCUGCUCACUUGUAUGAUGCUGAGGAUCCUUCCACUCCCUUGCGGACAGUGGCAGGACUUUGCCAAGAAUACUGUGAGCAGAUGUGGCAAAAAUGCAGGUCCAUGUUUCGCUAUCUCUCUAUGGACAAAGAAUUAUUAGUCCUGGAAAACAAUAUGGCAAAGUUCUGCCGCUAUUUGUCACUUGAUGAUGUGGACUAUUGUUUCCCUCGCCUGCUGGUAAAUCAGAAUCUUAAUCAAAACCUUGGGUUAGUGACUGCUGACUCAGAGGGCUGUCUCCAGUUGUGCCUAUUAGAGGUAGCUAAUGGUCUGCGGAAUCCUGUUGCUAUGGUGCAUGCAAAUGAUGGAACUCACAGAUUUUUCAUUGCCGAACAAGUUGGUUUAGUUUGGACCUACCUCCCAGAUCGGUCAAGGCUGGAAAAGCCAUUUCUGAACAUCAGUGAAGCAGUACUUACCUCACCUUGGGAAGGAGACGAGAGAGGUUUUUUAGGUAUUGUCUUCCAUCCUAAAUUCAAAUUUAAUGGUAAAGUGUAUGUCUACUAUUCAGUUGAAGUUCAUUUUGAAGAGAGAAUCCGAAUAAGUGAGUUCAGAAUUUCUCCUGAUGACAUGAAUACUUUGGACCAUAGUUCUGAAAGGAUAAUUCUGGAGGUAGAAGAGCCAGCUUCCAAUCACAAUGGAGGAGAGCUACUCUUUGGAUAUGAUGGUUAUCUUUACAUAUUUACUGGGGAUGGAGGCAUGGCUGGCGAUCCUUUUGGGACGUUUGGAAAUGCUCAAAACAAAUCAGCAUUGCUAGGCAAGGUGUUACGGAUCAAUGUGGACAAUAAUGACCGUGGGCCUCUUUAUAGAAUCCCUCCAGACAACCCUUUUGUUAGUGACCCAAAAGCUCGACCUGAAGUCUAUGCAUACGGGGUGAGAAAUAUGUGGCGCUGCUCUUUCGAUAGGGGCGAACCCUACACAAAGGAAGGGAAAGGGCGACUUUUCUGCGGAGAUGUAGGACAGAAUAAAUUUGAAGAAGUUGACAUUAUAGAGAAAGGAAAAAAUUAUGGCUGGAGAGCAAGGGAAGGAUUCAGCUGUUAUGAUAAGAAACUUUGCACCAAUUCCUCACUAGAUGAUGUGCUUCCAAUUUAUGCUUAUCCACACAAAAUGGGGAAAUCUGUUACAGGAGGCUAUGUCUAUCGGGGUUGUGAGUCUCCAAACCUGAAUGGGCUGUACAUAUUUGGUGAUUUUAUGAAUGGACGUUUAAUGUCAUUGAAAGAGAAGCGUUCUACUGGAGAAUGGCAGUACACUGAAAUUUGCAUGGGAACAGGACAAACUUGCGUGUUCCCUGGGCUUAUCAAUAAUUAUUAUCAGUACAUCAUCUCUUUUGCUGAAGAUGAAGCAGGAGAACUUUACUUCAUGUCUACUGGAGUACCAAGUGCCACUGCUCCCAAUGGAGUAGUUUACAAAAUAGUAGACACCUCACGGAGAGCACCCCCAGGAAAAUGCCGGGUUGAGCCUUUGUCAGUGAAAGUGAAAAGCAGGCUCAUAAAGUUUGUGCCAAAGGAGAAACUGAUUGUGAAAACACCAACCCAACGGCCUAGAUUAAGGACCACCACCAAAGCCCCAAGGAGGGGUAGGCCAACUUCCGAAACACCCCGUGCCACUACUCCAGACUGGGUGGAACAAAUCUUGAACCUUCUAAGGAAUCAAAAUAGAGUGCAGGUGACCUCCAGAACACCAACAACCAAACCCCCGAAGUCCAGGAAAGGGGGGAAGAGUGGGGAAAGGAGAGGGCAGAGAAGGAAAAACAAACCUCCCAGCACUCUGUCUCCCCCACAGCUCCUGAGUGGUGCAGUGCGACUGAUGAACAGGCAAGCACGAGGAAGGGACCGGGGAAGGGUGGAGAUUUACAUAAGUGGAGAGUGGGGCACUGUAUGUGACGACUUGUGGAACUCCAAGGCGGCAGCUGUGGUGUGUCGCCAGUUAGGGUUCCCUUAUGUUGUCAAGGCAACCAAGAGAGCGGAGUUUGGGGAAGGACAUUCGCUUCGGAUUCUUCUUGAUGAUGUUGAGUGCACUGGGCAGGAGAAGAACCUGCUGGAAUGCACACACGCAGACAUUGGCAAAAACAACUGCUCCCACAAAGAAGAUGCAGGAGUGAUAUGUAGCCAUGAAGAGGUUAUAAACUGAAAACUAAUAACAGCACAUUGGGAGGAAUGGGAGGGUAGAACUGGACUAAACUCAUCUUUCUUUUUCCCCCCUUUUAAACAGUGGAUGUAUUGAAUACAGUAUAUUUAGCCCUGAGGAUGCUAUAUCUGAUUUAAGUAAUCUUGCAGUCUUGUCCCCAUACAUUCUAUAAUGUGUGUGCUGAGAGGAGAGAGAAUGUACAGAACAUAAUCGCUUGAGCAUGUGUGUGAUCAGGGAUCAGGGUUUUCUUUUUUACAGGUAGAAACAGAAACAUCCUCAUGUUAGCGAUUAUGAAAUAGAAAGAUGCACUCCUUUGUCAUCUCAGAUGCAACUAUAGCACAGCGUUCCCCCAGCCAGGUCUGGCAGCAUUCUGCUGAAAAACAUUCCCAAAUGGCAGUGUUUUAAAGUUUUGUUUAUCCAAACCUUCACAUUGCCUGCUUAACUGUUCUGGCACCUGUACAAAAAACUGAACAUUGAUCUUUGAGCAUCUACGAGUCUGUGUGUUUUGUUGUGGAACAUGGAGAUAACUUAGUGUUGAAUCUCCAUGCUCUGGCUUAAAAAGGAAAAUGAAGACAGGGGCCUGAUUCUCCUCUCUAGCUGUUUUUUAUGCUGGUGUAAAUGUAUUGACUAAAGUGGGAAUUACACCUGUUUACAUGAGGAAGGAAUCCUACCCAGAGUCACUGUAGUGCCUGGAAGAAUUAUGUGUUAAAUUCUACUAAUUGAUUGAAAUUUCAGAGAGUCUUGUCUCAUCUCACUUGCACCAGAGUAACCUCAUUGACUUCACUGGAGUACUCCCAUUUACACCACUGUAAGCAAGAGGCAAAUCCAGCCCAUAGUACAUAUGGUGGCUCUAAUCCAGUUUAACUGCAGUUAUGGAGACACUUCAGUCCUGAUUGUACCCUGCCUUGAGCCUUGUGUAGCCACAUACCUCUGUGCAAAACAGGUGCAAAAUGCUACCAAAUCAGAAAUGUAGCAUUUUACACCCAUUUUGCACAGGUGUAAAUGACUACACAAGGGGCAAUGUCAAAGAGAACAAAGCCUGUUACACAUGUACUAUCCUUAAAGGGACACCAUCAGCUUCAAAAAAUCUCACACUUCUGUCUGAAUUGUUUUUUUGUUUUUUAUACAAGUAACACAUAAGUAACACUAACUGAAUGAGUGGAAACACAUUCUCUCUCUCUCUCUCUCUCUCACUUUUUAAAAUAGUUUUUGUCCUCAUUUUAUGUACAGUAAUUUUAACUUUAUAUUCAGUGUCCAUUUUCUAUUUACUGUGUAUCUUUCACACAGCAACAUGGGAAAGAUAAAAAAGGGAAUAUGUAGUACUUGUAAAGACAGCCAGCAGAAUUCAAACGCAAGACUUAGAAUCUGCAACUAUUGACUAAUUUUGUUGAAAUAGCCCAGAAUCCAAGCUGACCACAUCCUUUCAAAUCCAAAACACAACUCCAGAUGCUAAAUAAAUUGGUUUAAAAUGA